CAUUGAAGCACCCUGAGAUAUCAGACAAGUGGCUGCGUUGCGAAUUUGAAGGAUGAUGUAGGAUCAUCCAGUUGACUUUAUUUUGUGGAUUGCUUUGGGAAUUUUACACGAUUACUACUAAUAUAAUAUUUCACACUUAUAACCACUUGAUUUUUAACGUAAUAUAAUGAAUCCUUUAUCUCAUCAGCACAGUAGUGUAGCUAGUAUUGGUAGUCUUUUGGGUAAUUUACCUUUACAUGGUGAUUCAAAUUUGACGCAAAAAACUCCACAACUCAUCCCUGGGAAUUCAGUCAAUCUCAGUUUACAUGGAUCUGAUAAUCCAAUCAGUAUUCCUGGUCGUACACCGUGUACACCAAUAAAUUUAUCCACACCAUUACAAGACAGAGAUGGUGCGAUUCCAGUACCCCAGUUACAGAAUAUUGUUUGCACUGUUUAUUUGGGGUGUAAGUUAAACCUGAAGAAUAUUGCACUCAGUGCCAGGAAUGCUGAAUACAACCCGAAACGUUUUGCUGCUGUUAUAAUGCGUAUUCGUGAGCCACGAACAACUGCUCUGAUUUUCUCCUCUGGUAAAAUGGUAUGUACAGGAGCAAAAAGUGAAGAACAAGCAAGGCUGGCAGCUAGAAAAUAUGCUCGUAUUAUUCAAAGACUUGGAUUCGAGGCUCAUUUCAAAGAAUUUAAAAUUCAAAAUAUGGUUGGUUCAUGUGAUGUACGCUUUCAUAUUCGUCUUGAAGGCUUAGUAUUAUCACAAGGACAGUUUGCAACUUACGAAAUUCCCGCAUUACUUUGACACGAUUUUCUGUUUUAAUAUGGACUAUGAACCAGAACUAUUCCCUGGUCUGAUUUAUCGGAUGACUAAACCAAAAAUUGUCCUACUUGUCUUUGUCUCUGGAAAGAUUGUCUUAACAGGUGCAAAAGUUCGUGAAGAAAUUUACGAAGCCUUCAACAAUAUAUAUCCUAUAUUAAAAAAUUUUAAAAAAUCUGAUAAGGAUCCUAGAAUUAUUACCUCAUCAAAUUAUAUGCAUCCAUUAACUUGAACGUUUUUAAAAAUGCAACAGAAUUUUAAAAAAUAAAAAUAAAAGAUUAUUUUUUCAUCCGACCUGCCAACCGCCAACCCUACACCUACUCCAACCCACAACCACAAACACCAUCACUAUUUCUUUUUGACAUUAUGUCACAUCACCUUGCACAAACACAUAAAUACACCGACUUCUUUGUUUUUGUUUUGUCUUCUGCGUGGGGGAUUUUAACUUCCCUCGCUAAUUUUUGUUUUUCGACAACAGCAAUAACAACAAAAAUAACAGAGGAAAAGAGAAAUAGCAAUGUCUAUUUAAUCGUCAAUGGACAAUACAUUUUUAUCCUUAGAAGUGAUUUUAUGUGUGUGUGUUUGUAUGUGUGUGUGUGUGUCUGUGUAGCAAAACAUUUUGUACAUUUUUUCUAAAAUGGUCCUGCCUUUAUUUGUUUGUGUAUACCAUUUUAAUAUGUAAUUUAUUAUAUAUAUAUAUAUAUAUAUAU